UGAAUUGAACCACCUCUUCCUUCUCUUCUUUUCUUCUAUAAGUUUCUCGUUAUAACACCCACAUCAACCUUCUCUCUUUCUUUCUGCAAAUCUUGUUGCUCUGCUUUUUACUUAACUGUUUCGUUUUCUUCGUAUAAACUUUUUCUCUCUAAUUCAAUCUCUCAGUUUCAGACCUCAAAUGGCUGAGAAUCCCACUUCAGCAGGGUCCGGGAACGGAAAUCCGCUUGUUGUUUGCUUUGGAGAGAUGUUAAUUGACUUUGUCCCGACAGUUGGAGGGGUUUCACUUGCUGAAGCACCAGCUUUCAAGAAGGCUCCUGGUGGUGCUCCUGCUAAUGUGGCUGUUGGGAUAUCAAGGCUAGGAGGUUCAUCAGCCUUUGUUGGCAAGGUAGGUGAUGAUGAAUUUGGUUACAUGUUGGCUGACAUUUUGAAACAAAAUAAUGUUGAUACCUCCGGCGUGCGAUAUGAUUCCUCUGCAAGGACUGCACUGGCAUUUAUUACGCUCAGAGCUGAUGGUGAGCGUGAAUUUCUGUUUUUUCGUCAUCCAAGUGCUGAUAUGCUUCUUCGUGAACCAGAACUUGAUAAAAACCUGAUUAAGAAGGCCAGCAUCUUCCACUAUGGUUCUAUUAGUUUGAUUUCAGAACCUUGCAAAUCAACUCAUCUUGCUGCCAUGAAAAUGGCCAAAGAGUCUGGUAGCAUCCUCUCUUAUGAUCCAAAUUUGAGAUUGCCACUAUGGCCAUCAGAAGAUGCUGCUCGGGAGGGCAUAAUGAGUAUAUGGGAUCAAGCAGAUAUCAUUAAGAUAAGUGAAGAUGAAAUCACAUUCUUAACUGGAGGUGACGAUCAUAAUGACGAUAAUGUAGUGUUAGAGAAGCUGUUUCAUCCUAAUCUCAAGCUUUUGGUUGUAACUGAAGGAUCAAAAGGUUGUAGAUAUUAUACCAAGGAAUUUAGAGGUUGUGUUCCUGGUGUUAAAGCUAAAUCUGUGGACACAACUGGUGCAGGUGAUGCAUUUGUCAGUGGGAUACUUAACUGCCUGGCUUCUGAUCUAAGCCUAUUCAAGGAUGAGAAGCGGCUUAGUGAAGCUCUACUUUUUGCAAAUGCCUGUGGCGCUCUCACGGUAACAGAGAGAGGCGCAAUUCCUGCGCUGCCUACAAAAGAAGCUGUCCUGAAACUCUUAGAAUCAGUUGCAGCAUCAUAAAGAAGUUGUUUGUACUUCGUUAAUUUGUUGUAAUUUGAGUUCCAUUUGUUGAAGUAACAAAGAGCUCUUUGCUCUUUCUUUCUUUUCCCUUCCCAUAAGAAAGUUACAUAUAUGCACUAAAGUGCUGUAGAUGCAAGAGUUAUUAUCAAUAAAGGUAGUGAUACAAUUGUAUUUGCAAAAUUAGCUGAAA